UAUCAUAUAGUCGAUAAAUUAAAAAGAUCUAACCUCAACACGACGAUGUAAACGAGAUUGUAUAUUUUAGAAGAUUUCGUGUUUACUCGAUCAUGUUUCGGAAACCAAUAACGAUGACAUGGCGGAGGUCGGUGUUUAGUGCAAGAUCUCGGUCUUUGAGUGGCGGAUCAGAGUUUUUCUCCGGAAGUGGGCGGGUGACCAUGCAACAAGACGAGUCCUCGGGAAUCGCUGUAGUUACUCUGGAUAAUCCGGGAAAAAAGAACGCCUUGUCAGGGUCAAUGAUGGCAGAGUUUGAGAAAGUUACCCAGAGAUUGGAGCAGUGGUCCAGCGGUAAAGCUGUGAUACUGAGUGGUCACGGGGGCGACUUCUGUACAGGUGUGGACUUAGACUUGGUCAGAAAUAUCCUUCAUUCGGAAGGCGGUCAAAAGAUGAGUUCAUAUUUACACGACUUGUUGACGCAAUUUUCUAACCUUCCAUUAAUAAGUGUCGCAGUGAUCCCUGGGAUAGCCGUAGGGGGUGGGGCAGAACUGACCACAGCCUGUGACUUUAGAUUAAUGACACCCGGUUCAAAGAUUGGAUUUGUACAAAUCAAAAUGGGCGUGGUUACUGGAUUCGGGGGCGGGACCAGGCUGACUAGGAUCGUCGGGCGGUCGCAGGCUCUCCGUAUGCUGUGUUCUGGUAAAGUAUACAGGGCCGAGGAAAGUAAAGCUAUGGGACUAGCUGAUGACAUUCUGUCAGGAAAAGAUGACAGCGUUGAAGAGGCAAAAGACUGGAUUAAGGAUAACUUCCCCCAUAAUACAGAGAUGACCAGACAAAUGAAAAAGAUCAUCAUAGGGGCUUCACAGCUGGACAGUCGGUGUUCUUUACAGAAUGAAAGAGACAUUUUUGUGUCCACCUGGGGACAAUCUUUACAUGUGGAUGCAGUGAAUAGCAAUAUUAAACAUAGAGAAUAAAGUUAUAUUGUAUUA